UCCAACAACUCCCAUCAAUUUAACCGAUGAAGACUUCCGGUGGUUUGUCAUGGCGAUGGCAUGGUGACUUCUGCAGAAAGGGUGAAAUAUUUGCCCUGUUUGUCAUUUCUUCUCCAUCCAGAGAAAAUUCAGAUGUGUAAAUAAACGCGUCAGCUUCAGCUUCAUAUUUUGGACUUGCCAGUGGAGCUCCCGAGUGUCUCUCCGGCCGGCCAUGGCGGCUCACAAACCAGUGGAAUGGGUCCAGGCCGUGAUUACCAGAUUUGAUGAGCAGCUUCCCAUAAAAGUGGACAUCAGAACACCCACAGUAAAGUUAGUGUGGAACACAAUAAGGAAUGUUUGAUCAACAUCUCCAAGUACAAGUUUUCUCAUGUCAUCAGUGGCCUCACCACCAUCCUGAAAAAUGUCAACAACAUGCGGAUAUUCGGAGAAGCUUCUGAGAAGAAUCUUUACCUUUCUCAGCUCAUCAUCCUGGACACGCUGGACAAGUGCUUGGCUGGCCAAUCAAAAGACUGCUUACGUCUGGACGAGACCAUGUUGGUGAAACAGCUGCUGCCAGAGAUUUGCCAUUUCAUCCACACAUAUCGAGAGGUCCACCAGCACGCCGCUGAACUUCGAGCUUCAGCUUCAGCCGUCCUCUUCUCCUUGAGCUGCAACAACUUCAAUGCUGUCUUCAGCCGCAUCUCCACCAGGUUGCAGGAGCUGACGGUGUGCUCGGAGGACAACGUGGAUGUCCAUGACAUAGAGCUGAUGCAGUACAUAAACGUAGACUGCUCCAAACUCAAGAGGCUACUUCAAGAAACUGUUUUGAAAUUCAGGGCCCUAAAGAAACCAGCACAGCUCGCUGUCAUCAACAGUUUAGAAAAGGUGUUUUGGAACUGGGUGGAAAAUUACCCCGAUGAGUUCACAAAGCUGUACCAGAGUCCACAGACAGAUGUGGCAGAAGCUGCCGAGAAGCUGUUUGAUCUGGUGGACAGUUUUGCAGAAAGUGCCAAGAGGAAGGCAGCAGUGUGGCCUCUGCAGAUCAUUCUGCUCAUACUUUGUCCAGAGAUCACACACACAAUCUCUAAAGACACGGUGGAAGACAGCAAAGCCAACAAGAAACUUUUUUUGGAUAACUUGAGGAAAGCUUUAGCUGGGCAGGGUGGGAACAAGCAGCUGAUGGAGAGUGCUGCCAUCGCUUGUGUCAAGCUUUGUAAAGCUUCUACCUACAUCAACUGGGAGGAUCAUUCAACCAUCUUUCUCCUGGUCCAGUCCAUCGUCAUGGAUCUCAAGGCUCUGUUGUUCAACCCAUCCAAACCAUUCUGGAGGGGGACGGGCAGUCAGAACGCUGACGUGGAGCUCAUGGUGGACUGCUUCGUCUCGUGUUUCCGCAUCAACCCUCACAACAACCAGCACUUUAAGGUAUGUCUGGCCUCCUCGUCCCCGUCGAUCUUUCACUUUGUCCUGGUCAACUCGUUGCAUAGAAUCAUCUCCAAUUCCCAUCUCGACUGGUGGCCUAAGAUUGAUGCUGUGUACUGUUACUCUGGAGAGCUUCGCUUCAUGUUCUCAGACACCCUUAACCGGGUGAUUCAAGGCACCGUCCCUCAUGCUUCAUUACGCAUGACAUCGAGCCUGACAUUCAUAGGGAAGAAGACCACCAGCCUUAAGUUCAAAGAGAAAGCCACGGACCUCGACACCCGAAGUUACAAGUGCCUCCUACUCGCCCUGGUCAAACUUAUCCAUGCUGACCCCAAACUCUUGUUGCAUAACCCAGUGAAGCAAGCUCCAGAGAUGCAGAGCAGCACAGCUGAGCUCAUCACUGGCCUGGUGCAACUGGUGCCUCUGAAUACCCAGCUCGCACAAGAAGCCAUGGAGGCUCUGUUAGUUCUGCACCAGCCCGAGACCAUAGAGCUGUGGAAUCCCGAUGCCCCUAUAGAGACGUUUUGGGACAUAAGUUCACAGGUGCUUUUCCUAAUUUGCCGCAAACUGAUUACCCAGCAGCUGUUUAACGGGACAGAAGUUCUUAAAUGGCUGAGGGAGAUCCUCAUCUGCAGGAACAAGUUCCUGCUGAAGAACAAGGACUGUGCCACUAUGGGUGCUGGCAUUCCCCUUUGUUGGCAGGCUCAAACCAAGCUGGAGGUCUGUCUCUACAUGUUUCUGUGGAGCCCAGACACCGAGGCUGUGCUGGUAGCCAUGUCCUGCUUUCGCCAUCUCUGUGAAGAGGCUGAUAUCCGCAGCGCAGCUGAUGAGGUGCCCGUCCAGACGAUUCUGCCUAACUAUGCUACCUUCAGUGAACUGGCCUCUGUUAGCACCAUGAUGGGAACGGGCCGGCCCACUUUACAGAAACGGGUGAUGGCUUUGCUGAGAAGAGUAGAGCACCCCACACCUGGAAACAUGGAGGCUUGGGAGGACACACACACUAAAUGGGAGCAGACCACCAAACAGAUACUCAACUUUCCCAAAAACAAGGCUGAUGAUGGCCAGCAGGAGUGGAUCAACAUGACGGGCUUCCUGUGCGCUCUGGGGGGGGUGUGUCUUCAGCAGCGCAACACCCCAGGUCCAGCCACUUACAGCCCUCCUAUGGGGCCCCUGAGUGAGCGUAAACCCUCCAUGAUCUCCAUGGGGCCCGGCGACAUAUCCAACACCAUGGCUUCUUCUUGCUCUUUAUCUGCUUCCAAUGAAACCCCCGUGGGCCGCUUCCUGGACAGGCUGCUGGCGCUGCUCGUCUGUGGGCACGACCGGGUCGGCCUCCACGUUCGCACCAAUGUUAAAGACCUGCUGGGUCUUGAGCUCAGCCCAGUCCUCUACCCCAUGCUCUUCAACAAGCUGAAGAACAGCAUUGGCAAGUUCUUUGACACCCAGGGAUCGGUUCCUAUCAACGACACAAACACCCAGUUUGUGGAGCAGACCAUAGCCAUCAUGAAGAACCUGCUGGAUAGUCACACAGAAGGCAGCUCUGAACACCUGGGACAGGCCAGCAUCGAAACCAUGAUGCUCAACCUGGUCAGGUAUGUGCGCAUCCUGGGGAAUGUGGUCCAUGCGAUCCAGAUAAAAACCAAGCUGUGCCAGCUGGUGGAGGUGAUGAUGGAGAGACGAGAUGACCUGUCCUUCUGUCAGGAGAUGAAGUUCAGGAACAAGAUGGUGGAGUACCUGACAGACUGGGUGAUGGGAACCUCCAACCAAGCUGCUGAUGAUGACAUCAAGUGCCUGACGAGAGACUUGGACCAGGCCAGUAUGGAGGCAGUAGUCUCCCUGCUGGCGGGUCUGCCUCUGCAGCCUGAGGAGGGAGAUGGAGUAGAACUGAUGGAGGCUAAAUCUCAGCUCUUCCUAAAGUACUUCACCCUGUUCAUGAACCUUCUAAACGACUGCAGUGAGGUCGAGGAUGAGGGCCAGACAGUGGGGGGACGGAAAAGAGGGAUGUCUCGACGCCUGGCCUCUCUUCGCCACUGCACCAUUUUGGCCAUGUCCAACCUGCUCAAUGCUAACGUAGACAGUGGCCUCAUGCAUUCCAUUGGUUUGGGAUAUCACAAAGAUCUUCAGACCCGAGCCACUUUCAUGGAGGUGCUGACCAAGAUCCUGCAGCAGGGAACCGAGUUUGACACUCUGGCAGAGACGGUGCUGGCUGACCGCUUUGAGAGGCUGGUGGAGCUUGUUACUAUGAUGGGAGACCAGGGGGAACUGCCCAUCGCCAUGGCCCUGGCUAAUGUGGUCCCUGGGUCUCAGUGGGAUGAGCUGGCCCGGGUUCUGGUGACGCUGUUUGACUCGCGUCACUUACUCUACCAGUUACUGUGGAACAUGUUUUCUAAGGAGGUCGAGCUGGCUGACUCCAUGCAAACGCUCUUCAGAGGGAACAGCCUCGCCAGCAAGAUAAUGACCUUCUGUUUUAAGGUUUAUGGAGCAGCGUAUUUGCAGAAGUUACUAGAACCUUUAUUGAGAGGAGUCAUCUCAACUGCUGAACACAUCAUUUUUGAAGUGGACCCCACCAGGCUGGAGCAAGGUGAAAACCUUGAGGAGAACCAGAGGAACCUGCUGCAGAUCACAGAGCGCUUCUUCCAGGCUAUCAUUGGAUCUUCUAGCGAGUUUCCCCCACAACUCCGCAGUGUCUGCCAUUGUCUGUACCAGGUAGUGCUCAUGCCCCUCACUUAGACUCCUCCUGUUCUGGCUCAGUUUGGACUUGUACAUAUCACAGCCAUCAGUGCACAGCUUCACAUUUCAGCUGAACACAUUGUGCUGGAUGGAUGAGUGUUUGAACAGAUACAUGUCUUCAGAUUAGAAAGUCUCCAAACUACACUCAGUUGUUAGUGACUCCAAGACUGGACUGUGUUCCCCUCUCUUUGACUUCCAUGACAACAAGGCCGCCGUUAGACUUUCCAGUCAGGCAUACAUAUAAAGCUUUAGUUACCUACUGUUGAGAUGAAGCCUCUUUCACACAUGGUUGGCAGCUUAAUGAUCAUCCUGCUGCUGGUCGUGACAUUGUCCACACACCUCCUCAUCUGUUAUGUCUGGAUGUGUACAGCAUCAACGUGCGUAUGAUAACUAGAUGUUAUAACUUUGAAGCUGAAGAUAAAGGAAAGAGAAGCACCCUCAUAGUGGCUAGCUGCAGCCCAGGUUAUAAGCCACUCCCCUUUUAAGGGACAUAGGGACCCUAAGUCACUUCCGCAUCAUGGGUCCCCGGAAGAACGAAAAAAGGAAUACAAGUCAAUGGGGCUAAAAAGGCUAUUUUCUAACCCAUUUUGCCUUACGCCCUGGAUCACACACAUGUUGUACUGUAAUUUAAAUGAAAAGUAAUGAGGGGUGUUUUGACCAAGCCAGUCACGUACUUUGAGAUUUAUUAGAUUGUAGCAUGAGUACAAACUAGAAAUCGGCACGUUGCAUAUGUGAUGUCACCACAUAAUCUCCUCCCCCUAGCGUAGCUGCUACUCACCACAUGACCAGAUUUAUGGUGGUUCUUUCCUCCUGUGGGAAGUUUGCUGAACUUACAGCCUUUUCCCUGAAGCCUGGUUCAUGCUUCUCCGUCAGCUCCACAAGGGACAGACACGCGCAGACUGACGGAAGCGUUUAGCUCUCUUACUUCUCCGUCUCCUGGAGAGUGUUGCAAAGCAAUUCCCCGCCAGGACAGCAGAGGGCGUAGCGCUGUUCUGUGGUAUCAUGUCAUGUAUCGGUCCAAGAUCGUGUGUUUAUAUUGUGUUUUUGUGUAUAUAAGAGACUUUUAACACGGACAUAUUUGUCUCUCCUCCUCCUCCACCUCUUCAUGCGCUCCCCACCUCUAAACCCACGUUUCCUGUCGUUUCCGUCCACAAAUAAAACGCUUGCUGCUCGUCCUUUC